GAUGACCAGAGACUGCGGACACAGUACAGGGGAUGACCAGAGACUGCGGACACAGUACAGGGGAUGACCAGAGACUGCGGACACAGUACAGGGGAUGGCCAGAGACUGCGGACACAGUACAGGGGAUGGCCAGAGACUGUGGACACAGUACAGGGGAUGGCCAGAGACUGCGGACACAGUACAGGAGAUGGCCAGAGACUGCGGACACAGUACAGGGAUGACCAGAGACUGCAGACAGUACAGGAGAUGGCCAGAGACUGCGGACACAGUACAGGAGAUGGCCAGAGACUGCAGACACAGUACAGGGGAUGACCAGAGACUGCGGACACAGUACAGGGGAUGACCAGAGACUGCGGACACAGUACAGGGGAUGACCAGAGACUGCGGACACAGUACAGGGGAUGACCAGAGACUGCGGACACAGUACAGGGGAUGACCAGAG